GAUGAGCUUUCCUGGUUUUCCCUCUCCAAUUUCCAAAUGAGAUUCAGUUUGAAGUAAAUUAGUCUAAAAGAAGAAAAGACUGUCACCAACUUCAAAAGAAGCUGCUGCUGUUGCAUUGGAAUCUCAAGUGCUAAAAUGCCUUCUGCAAGGAAAGUAAGAAUUAAAGAACCAACAGAUCAAAGAGAAAUGUGGUGGCGGACAACAUUAAAAGAAACUCCAGUACCAGGUACCUACACAGUGCGAGACUUUCUGGAAGAAUCCCGUUUAAACCCAGUGAACAGUACAUACAAUUUUAAAAAUGAAGGUAGAACCAAAGUCUCUUUUGUGGAAUCGAGGAGGGAUACAACACUGCCCGAUAUACCCGAGUACGUGCCUCCUAACUUCAUUGACCUAAUCAGUAAGCAGAUGGCUUCUUACUCAUUCAAAGACACCCCAAGGCAAAACCCCAGCAUGCUGUGUCUCAAAGAUCAGAAAAUUGAUGUUUCACCAGGGCAAUAUAAUAUUGUUUCAGCACCAGUUCCCAAGUUCCUUGCCAGGCACCAUGUGUUCCGUUCUACAGUUCAAAGGUUUCCAACAUAUUAUUUUCUUCCAAAAGAAGGCCCAGGACCAGCUUAUUAUGAUGUGAAAGGAUCAAAUGUAAAUCCUAUCACAUCCUGUUUCCAGUCAAAAGUGCCUAGAUUCCUGCCCAUUCGUUCAAAAACACCAGGCCCAGGAGCGUACACGUGUUCCCCACAGAUACCUAAGCAGCCACGAAGUAUUGCCAAGAUGGGCCGAGAACACAACCUUUUGUUCAACAAUACAAUUGAGUUUUGAGUAAAGUGGUUUGGGUCUGUGACAACUUGUUGAGUUUAA